GCCAGUAAAUUUUCUAUAUUUGCCCAUUUCACAACACAAUUUGGAAAUCGGAUUUUUAUUAUUUUUUUAUUUGUUAUUUCAAAACUAACUUUGGAAUUUCCUUUCGGACACAUUCCUUCGCGUGGCCAAAUUAUGAAUAAUAAAAAUCCAGAUCCAAAAGCUUCCGUAAAAUAUACAAAAACAAUUCAGGCAAUACGAUUGGAAAUUCAGAAGAAGAAGAAUAAAAAUGAAAUGGCUCACGACAUCAACAAUGAUAAGAUUAAAGUAUAUGCGAUUUAUCAACUAAUCCUGCAACUGAUGCACAGCAUUGAAUUGACGCUCUUUGCGGCGGAUAAGAGGUCACCGCUGCAAAUUGCAUUACAAAUGCCGCACAAUGCCUUCAUGUGGACUAAGGAAGCGUGGCAGGAACGACGUAAUUACGGUGUGUAUUGGAUGGAAUUCCUAAUGCAGGCUACAAAUCAAACUUGGGUAGAGGAGCGUAAAAUGCAAGUGGGCUUGAGGCAGCUAAACGAUCUCGCGCUCUCAAUAUUAUUGUCAUACACUGAGCAGGAGCAGAAGCAAGAAGCUUUCAAAGCGUUAAGAUCGGUCAUGGAAUAUGACGAAGUGGAGGAAGUAUUAAGCACAGAGCUUAUUGCCAAUACCAAUGAAUGGAAUCGAUCUAAGGAAGAAAAAAGAUCUUUCGACGAAGAUGCUAACACUAUUAAUAUACUUGAACAACAAUUUCUGCGAAUGAAUGUAAAUGAUCUGAUAACUGAAAAGAUCAAAGAGCGGUACACAACACGUCACAAUGAGGUGUUGGAAGAACAAGCAGAACUUGCUGCGGAACUUCGGAAGAACGCGCUAAUAAAACAAAUUGACAAAUACAAAGAGCGAAGUGAGAACGAUGCAUUCAUAGCCGCUUACAAAAACGAUGUUUAUUACAAUACGAUAGAGUUAUUACGCAUCAAAUUGGAGAAUAUGGAAAUGGAGUUUGUGGCUAAAGAUGUUGAAACAGAAAAUAACCGCCAAUUUCUGCAAACUGGCAUUGCGAAAAUGAAGACAAACCUUAUAUAUAUGAAAGAAAAGUUGCAGCUCUAUCGCACGGCUGUACAACAAUUCAGGGAAGGUAUUAUUACCGAUUUUACAGCUUUAAGAUUCAGCAUAAAAUCACUUGCGUUGUCUCAUAAGUCAAUGGCAGUCUCGAAUAAAUCGCUGAAUACGAGUAAGAUCACUUGGGCAGCCUCAUAAGUCAAUAGCAGUCUCGAAUUAAUCGCUGAACACGAGUUGGAGCCAUAAAUUUGAAACAUCCAGUAUGCAAAUAAAAACAAAUUAAAAAUUAAAAUAAAAAAAAUUACAAAAUAA